ACACUUCUUGUUUUUAUUAUCUCUUCCUUCAAAAAAAUCUCUACUCAAACAACCCAUCCUCCAUUUCUUUAUUCAAUUGCUUCCACAAAAUUUUGCGCCUUCUCAUAUUCACCCACACACACACCGCCUUCUACACUAAGUGACUCCCACUUCAAGCAAAGAUUAGGGGAUAAUGGUGAAUUUGGGGCUGUUUUCUGAGAUCAAGCCUGUGGUAUCUGUGAAUGUGAGGUUUAGAAUACCUUAUUAUACUCAAUGGGGUCAGAGUUUGGUUGUGGGUGGGUCUGAACCGGUUCUUGGGUCUGGAAAUGUGAAGAAAGGUCUUCUGUUGACCCCUUUUCAUGAAGGGAAUGAACUGAUAUGGGGCGGGAGUUUGACGGUUCCGACGGGGUUUCAAAGCGAGUAUAGUUAUUAUGUAGUGGAUGAUCAGAAAAAUGUGUUAAGGUGGGAAGGUGGAAGUAAGAGGAAAUUAGUGGUGCCUGAAGGAGUUGAAAAUGGGAAGGUGGUUGAGUUUCAUGAUCUUUGGCAGAAUGGUAGUGACGGUCUUCCUUUCAAAAGUGCAUUCAAGAAUGUCAUCUUUCGCAAGAGUAGCAGUUUGGCUAUUGAGAAACGGCUUGGCGCGAUUCAGAAUAAGCUGGAUCGUGAUGAUUCGGUUAUUGUCCAGUUCAAAAUAUGCUGUCCAAAUAUAGCAGAAGGAACAUCGAUAUACGUAAUUGGAAGCUCGUUAGAGCUGGGGAAAUGGAAAGUUCAUGACGGACUCAAACUCAAUUAUUCCGGUGAAUCGGUUUGGGAAGGAGACUGUUUAAUACCGAAGGCUGCUUUCCCAUUAAAAUACAAAUACUGUAAAUAUGGGAAAAACGGAAAUUUCUCUCUGGAGUACGGUUCAAACCGGGAGGUCACGGUUGACAUUUCAGCCAGUGGGCCAAAUUACGUUGUUCUAUCGGACGGCAUGAUGCGAGAAAUGCCAUGGCGAGGUGCGGGUGUUGCAAUCCCGAUGUUUUCGGUGAGAUCAGAGGAUGAUGUAGGCGUUGGAGAGUUUGUUGAUCUGAAAUUAGUUGUCGACUGGGCUGUUGACUCGGGUUUCCAUUUGCUCCAGCUUUUGCCGAUAAAUGAUACUUCUGUGCACAAGAUGUGGUGGGAUUCGUAUCCGUACAGCUCUCUCUCUGUAUUUGCUUUGCACCCACUAUACCUCAGACUCCAGCGACUUUCAGAAAAUAUACCAGAUGAUAUCAAUCAAGAGAUACAGAGGGCAAAGAAAGAUCUAGAUGGGAAGAAUGUGGAUUAUGACGGUACUAUGACUACAAAGCUUUCAAUUGCCAAGAAGAUAUUCGAUUUUGAAAAAGAUUCGAUACUAAAUUCGGAUUCCUUCAAGAAUUUCUUGUCCAAAAAUGAGGAAUGGCUAAAACCGUACGCAGCCUUUUGCUUUUUACGAGACUUCUUUGAAACUUCAGACCACAGUCAAUGGGGCACAUUUAGUCAAUUUUCAAAAGCUAAGCUUGAAAAGCUCGUGUCCGAGAACAGCUUCCACUAUGACAUCAUAUGCUUCCAUUACUAUAUACAGUACCAUUUGCACUUACAAUUGUCAGAAGCUGCCGAAUAUGCGAAAGAGAAAGGAGUGGUAUUAAAAGGAGAUCUCCCAAUAGGCGUCGAUAAAAAUAGUGUAGAUACUUGGGUAUAUCCGAAUUUGUUCCGGAUGAACACCUCUACGGGGGCCCCACCAGAUUAUUUUGACAAAAAUGGUCAAAAUUGGGGAUUUCCUACUUACAAUUGGGAGGAAAUGUCUAAAGACAAUUAUGCUUGGUGGCGUGCUCGUUUAUCACAGAUGGCAAACUAUUUCACGGCGUACAGGAUAGAUCAUAUAUUGGGUUUCUUUAGAAUAUGGGAGCUUCCGGCACAUGCAAUGACGGGUCUAGUCGGUAAAUUCAGGCCAUCUAUCCCACUCAGUCAGGAAGAGCUUGAAAAGGAGGGAAUUUGGGACUUUGACCGACUGAGCAAACCGUACAUUCGACAAGAGUUCUUACAGGAAAAGUUUGGACCUUUAUGGACAGUCAUAGCCUCUUACUUCAUGAACGAAUUUAAGAAAAAUCAUUAUGAGUUUAAGGACGAUUGCAACACGGAGAAAAAGAUUCUCGCCAAGCUGAAAUCACUCGUUGAGAAAAAAUUGUUGUUGGAAAAUGAAGAUAAAUUAAGACGGGAUCUUUUCGAUCUUGUGCAGAAUAUAGUGCUUAUUAGAGAUCCUGAGGAUGCUAAAAGUUUCUAUCCUCGUUUUAACCUAGAAGAUACAUCAAGUUUCAACGAUUUGGAUGAGAAUAGCAAGAACAUAUUUAGGAGAUUGUAUUACGACUACUAUUUCCAUCGACAAGAGACUCUUUGGCGCCAAAAUGCGAUGAAGACUUUGCCUGCACUUCUAAAUUCAUCAGAUAUGUUAGCCUGUGGAGAAGAUCUAGGCCUAAUUCCAUCUUGUGUUCAUCCUGUUAUGCAAGAGUUAGGAUUGAUAGGCUUACGUAUUCAACGUAUGCCAAGUGAGGCUGAUUUGGAGUUUGGUAUUCCUUCUCAAUAUGACUAUAUGACUGUAUGUGCUCCUUCAUGCCAUGAUUGUUCUACCUUACGUGCAUGGUGGGAAGAAGAUGAAGAUAGAAGACGUUCGUUUUUCAAAACCAUGAUCGGUUCUGACAGUCUGCCACCUGAGAAAUGUGUUCCGGAAAUAGUACGUUUUGUGUUGCGUCAGCAUGUUGAAUCUCCAUCAAUGUGGGCAAUAUUCCCUUUACAGGAUUUGUUAGCAUUGAAAGAAGAAUACACGACACGCCCUGCAACAGAGGAGACAAUCAACGAUCCCACAAAUCCUAAGCAUUACUGGCGAUUCCGUGUUCAUGUGACCAUGGAAUCCCUAUUGAAGGAUACAGACCUUACGGCAACGAUUAAAGGACUUGUUUGCUCGAGUGCAAGAUCUUAUCCUGGUCAAGAAGAAGCUCAACCAGGAGUAGCCGUGGUUCCACCGAAGCAGCAAAUUGCCGGUGAGCAGGAGAAGAUUCGGCUUCCUAACCAAGAUCCAAAAAUCACAAGCAUAGCUGUUCUGUAAGGUUGUUUUUACCUUUUUUUUAUGUGAUGCCAGAAGCCAUUGACUUUAUUGACUUUUUGUCGUGGAUCAUUGUUGCCAUAAAAGCAUGUAAAUCUGGGCUUUGGAUUCUUUGAAAGAAAUGCUUCAAUAAAAAAGUUGUAUAUGUUUUUCUCCUAAGCA